AUGAGCAAACGAGCCAGAGAUGAGGAAGAUGAAGACCAAGUGCAACCUGUAGUUAGCCAACCACAACAUAUUGAAUGCACAAUUCCUCCAUGUCAUUCGGAGCCCAAACUGUUCUCCAGUUAUGAAGAAUACGAGACUCAUAUACUCUCAUUCCAUAAUCAUAUCUGUAAUGAAUGCCGGAGACGAUUUCCAUCGGAGAAGUUCCUCCACUUACACAUAGACGAAAACCACAACCCGUUUGUAAAGAUAGAGCAAGAGAAAGGAGCCAAGGUCUUCAAGUGUUUCAACUACGGAGAUGGCUGUUCCAAGGUUUGCUCGACUCCGAAGAAGAGAAGGCUCCAUAUGAUCGACAAACACGGCUAUCCUCGACUGUUUCGUUUUGAUGUUGUGAACCGAGGGAUAUGA